UAUUACAAUUUGAAAAGAAAUAAAAUUCUUCCUGCUCUCUUUCUCUCGCCGAUACUUAAAGAAUUAAAAGAGAAGAGAGAGAAACAAAAAGUCUAAAACUUGGAUCGGCGCAAUGGGUUCCAAAAUCGGAAAUUUCUUCGACUCCGUUGGUUCCUUCUUCUCCGGCGGCGAUAAAAUCCCAUGGUGCGAGCGAGAUGUCAUCGUUGGGUGUGAGAAAGAGGUUAAGGAGUCCUCUGAUGGUGACUCUGAAGAGAAGAAGAAAGAGAGCAUUAUGCGAUUAUCGUGGGCUCUUGUUCAUUCUCGCCAAGCUGAAGAUAUCCAGCGCGGUAUUGCCAUGCUCGAAGCUUCUCUAGCAAGCAGUAGCCCUCCUUUGGAAGACCGGGAGAAGCUUUACCUUCUUGCUGUUGGAUAUUACCGGACUGGGGAUUACUCAAAGAGCAGGCAGCUCGUGGAACGUUGUAUCGAGAUUCAACCUGAUUGGAGGCAAGCUUUGGUCUUAAAGAAAACUAUUGAAGACAAGAUCGCAAAGGAUGGUGUUAUUGGGAUAGGCAUCACGGCUACAGCUGUUGGCCUCAUAGCUGGUGGAAUCGCUGCAGCUUUGGCUCGCAAGAAAUGACCUGCUUCCUCUAUAGAUUCUGUGUGCAUACAAUAACAAGAUGCUUUUAUA